CUCCCUCCUUGUGACGCUGCUGGGUGUCGUAGCGACGCUAAGCGGCUUCAGAUGGCGAGGAGCCGCCGGUGAGGCCGGAGCUGGGGCGCUUUCAGCCCGGAGCUGCUUUGGGGUCGUCGUUUCGCAGUCAGGCGGUGUGACACGUUAGGAACCCCCUCCUUCCCGAAAAAACCUGAUGCAAUGGGGUCUUUGCAAUCUGUCGGCACCAGCUCCUACUCCUCCAGGCGACGACAGAGAGAAGAGGACAACGAUUUGCUAGACAACAAGGAUCGGGAGGAAGACAUUGCUAAGUUUCCAUAUGUUGAAUUCACUGGGCGAGACAGCAUCACCUGCCCCUCCUGCCAAGGCACUGGCUGCAUCCCAACAGAGCAAGUCAAUGAAUUGGUAGCUCUAAUACCAUACCAUGACCAGAGGUUAAAACCUCAAAGGACGAAACUCUACGUUUUGGUGUCGGUGCUGCUCUGCCUCCUGGUGUCGGGGCUGGUGGUCUUUUUUCUCUUUCCUCAUUCAGUCCUUGUGGAUGACAAUGGCAUCAAAGUGGUUACGGUCUGGUUUGACGAGAAAAACUCCCUUGUGGUCCUUGCCAUCACGGCCACUCUCCGGAUCAGAAACUCCAAUUUCUACUCGGUAGCAGUAACCAGCUUGGCCAGCCAGGUGCAGUACAUGAAUACUGUGGUUGGGACUCGGCAGAUCAACAACGUCACCCGUAUCCAGGCACUGAGUGAUCAGCUGGUGAACUUCACAGUGAAGGCUGAAAUGGGUGGACCAUCUUCUUAUGUAUAUUUCUUUUGCACUUUACCCAAGAUCAGAGUGCACAACAUGGUGAUUUUCAUGAGGACUUCAGUGAAGAUCUCCUACAUUGGCCACAUAACUCAGAGUUCCCUGGAGACUCAUCAUUACGUCGACUGUGGUGCGAAUAUCACCUAUACCCAAGGCAGUUCUCGGCCUGUACCCACACCACCAGCUAGGGUAGGUGUAGCUCAGGAGAAGAACAGUUUGAGUCAGCUAAUGUACUUCAGUGAUCCUAGCAGCCUGGUUUCGACUACUGUAUAACCUCAGGACAAUGGGACUUUGCUUUUGUAUUUUUGGAGGGCAGAGAGGGGUUGUUGUAGUUCUUGGUGAAACGGAAGCUAUGAAUGUCUCUGCACGUAGCACUUCUCCCACACGAUUACAUGAAUAGCUGGACGACGCCUCAGCUCUUGUUUUGGAACAGCCUCUGCUUAGUCCCCCCCACUCCCUUCACGCUGCCAGCAUCUAGAUUGUGUUAUUUUGCUCUUAGCUGAUCAGCCUUGGUUCUUGGGGACACCCUCUGGAGAGCUUCUCUGUUCCUCCUUAAAAUUAGGGGAAAGCGUGUUUCUGCAGGUGCUUCAUUCCGCUGGACUACAAAGAAUGAAAUAAUUCCCAGGAUGGUGCUCCUAACUCUGUUGUUACCAAAGAGGGAACUAAUAUUCGAUUGUGGAAGGGGAAGUAAUCUUAACCUCAUUUCUCGUGUACUGGUUUGAAACACUUGGCUUGCUUGUUGUCGGUGAGACCGACUAGCCAGGAAGUGAGAAGACUAGCCAGCAAUCUAAGUUUUGCCGAAGCAAAUGGAUUUUGCAAUAGUUACAGCCCUGUUGUGGGUGGGGAUUUCUAGACAUUCAAUGGGGCUUUCAUGGUUGCAGUUCCUUUUAAGCUAGUUUUGACUGUGUCAGUGGUAUUCCUAAAGCUCCUUUGAUGCCUCUUAAGUGUAUUGUUCUAAAGGGAGCGCUAUUGAUUUAGAACAGAGGUGGCUAACCAGUGGUCCUCCUGCCCCUAGCUUCCAUUCUUCCUUCCUGACAACUGGCCUUGCUAGCUGGAUUGAUGCGAAUUGGAAGGCCACAGGUUCCCUAUCCCUGACUUAAGAGUUGUCACACUUUCUGCACUAGAUUUUUCUGCUAGGAAAGGGCUACGAGACUUCUGGAUCUUUGCAUUAGGAAAACCUAUGAGCAGCGGGCUUUUAAAAAUCUGACUCUCCAAGCUGGGAAAUGUUGGGUCAGUUUAGUUGGCCCCUGUGCUGUUUAGAGGGGUUUGCUCUCAGUAUUUUUGUACUUUGUAGUAAAUAAAAAUAUUUAUCUUU